AAAACUUUUCUAGCGAGCAUCUACAGUCUCAGAAGAAUUUUAGUUUUCAGAAACAUUUUCCACAUACUAAAGUAAUUCAAGAUGGUUUUAGUUCAAGAUUUGUUAAACCCUUCUCCAGCUUCCGAAGCUCAAAAGCACAAGAAGAAGGCCUUGGUGCAAGCUCCAAGAUCUUAUUUCAUGGACGUCAAGUGUCACGGAUGUAUCAACAUCACCACUGUGUUCUCCCAUGCUCAAACCGCUGUCACUUGUGACGGAUGUGCCACUGUUUUGUGUACCCCAACCGGUGGUAAGGCUAAAUUAACUGAAGGAUGUUCAUUCAGAAAGAAGUAAAUAAUUCUUGUAUAAUUUAAUAUCAAACCGCAUAGAGACCUAUUUUUCA